UUCUUCUACAAAGUUUCUCUUCUCUACAAAGAUGAAAGAGCGAAGAGACGAAAAUCACAUCAAAGGGAAUGGAGAGAAGGGCUCCAAAUCAUCAUUCACAUUCAAGAAGAAUACGAAUAAUAUUACGAAGAAGAAGAGAUUGGGAGGGGGAGGUCUGCCGCUUGAAACUUUCGCCAAUGCCAAGUCUAAGAGCAGAAACUACAAUCCUUCCCUCAUUAAGAAGCAAAGGGAGGUUUAUAAAAAUGCCAAACAAGUGAGCAAGUACAAGAAAUUGUUGAGGCAACAAAAUGAAACAGGGAACAAUUUUUUUGCAACCAAAGAAUCACCAGAGGAUAACAGAAAAGAUGGAGAUGAUAUAAAGACAAAUGAAAAGAACAAGAAGAAGAAGAGCACACAUAGUUUGGGAGAAUUGUAUGAAAAGAAGCGUGAAGAGGAUGAGAAAGCAAAGAUGGAGAGAGAGGCAAUCAUCCAAGCAAAGAAGGAAGCGAGAGAACAAGCUGAAGCUCGAAGGAAGGUAGUGAGAGAGAAGAUGUUUAAGAAGACACGAUCAGGUCAGCCUGUUAUGAAAUACAGGAUUGAGAAUCUCCUACAGAGUAUUCAAGAUUCUACAGAUUAGAUGACAAUCUGCUGCCUAUUACUGUAGUCAUUUCUAGUCCAUACUUUGCUGGAUAGUCACUAGAAAAUCCCAAUUUUGUAGUAUUUUCUGA